GAGGAUUAUUCUAAACCUCUUUGCUGUCUCCGCUGAACGGCCUCACUCUUCCCCCGGUGCCGUGUUCGAUUCCCCGGGUGGUGUUGAAGCAAAGGAGGCGGGAGGAUGAGCUCCGGAGCCGGCCUCGACUACAGCGUGUGGGACCACAUCUACGUGUCCGAUGACGAGGACGUGGCCCACCCGUACGUGGACACACCGAGCCUGUUCCGGAUGAGACACCGGACGCGCUUGGAGAGAAUGGCCGAGUUUCAGCAGAGAGGUGAAGAUCUGGAGAACAACCUGGCUGAAUGCAAGAGGUUGUCCGAGGAAGCCCAGGGACGACUGAGAGAGCUGGAGGAAGGACGGAAGGAGGGAGAGGAGGAGGAGGAUGAGGAGAGGGAUGCUGAGCUGAAGAAGCUCCAGGCUGAGGCGAGAAAACUGAGGAAGGAUGAAAAGACGUUUGCGAACAUGUUGAAAGAACACCAGCGGGAGGAGAAGAAACUGCCCUGGAACGUGGACUCCAUCAGCAGAGAAGGUUUCAGCAGGAGUAUUGUGAAUAUCCAGCCUGCAGACAAGAAGGAAACCGAGGCUGAAAAGCUGGAGAAGCAGAAAAGCUUCGCUGAGAAGCACGUGGAGGAAAUCAAGCACUUUGGGAUGCUGCGGCGGUGGGACGACAGUCAGAAGUAUCUGUCAGACAACCCCCACCUGGUGUGUGAAGAGACGGCGAACAGCCUGGUCGCCGCCUGCAUCGACUUCGAGGUGGACGAGAAACAUGCCCUGAUGGAGCAGGUGGCGCACCAGGCCAUCGUGAUGCAGUGUAUCUUGGAUUUGGCUCGGACGGUGAAGGUCGACCCCAGAGGCUGCUUCAGGAAGUUCUUCUCAAACAUCAAGACUGCAGACCAGACGUACCAGGAUGCAUUUCACCACGAGCUGGAGCUGCUGAAGGAGAGGGUGCGCAGCUGUGCACAGAUUCGUAUGGAGAACGCCAUGGAGGAGGUGGAGGAGGAGGAGGAGGAGGAGGAGGAGGAGGAGGAGGAGAGACUGGGGAGACUGGGCCCCGGGGGUUUAGACCCUGUAGAGGUCUACGAAUCACUGCCUGAGGACAUACAGAGGGGCUUUGAUGAGAAGAACAUCCAGAUGCUGCAGCAGGCGAUGAGCAAGCUGCACCCGGAGGAAGGAAAAUUCCACCUGAAGAGAUGUAUUGACUCUGGAUUGUGGGUGCCAGAGUCAGGAGAGGGUGAUGAUGAGGAAGAGGAGGAUGAAGAGGAUGAGGACGAGAGCUAAAAUACAGGAAACAAAUGAAUCAAAUGGGAGAAGGGAUCAUACACGUGUUCCUUCCUUCCAUGUUGACUUCAUCAUCACUUCAGGAUCACGGUGUAUAAUUUAUAUAUUGUAGAAAUGUGAAUAUUUAAUAAUUAAGUAAAUUAUUGUUAUUUAAAAAAAAAUUACAUAAUGGCAGAGAAGAGUUUAGACAAUAAUACUUGAAGCUACUUUGUGCAUCAGAGUAAAAGAUGAAUGUAUUUUUGACAGUUUUUAUUUUUAAUAACUUGUCCUUGUGGCAUGAAAACAUUAAACUCACUGAGUCCAAAGUUCAGAAAUCGUUCAGUACAUAUUUUUAACUUUUCAUCAUUUUAUAGACAAGGUCAAAUCCACUUAACAACAUUAACAUGUGAUUGCGUCACAGGAUCUCACAGGUUACACAACCUGUCCAGUGGGAUCUGUUCUACUGGGACAAUGGCGCCAUCUGGUCUCAUAACUCAUAAACCACAUCAGCAGCCUGAAUGAUGAAUUAUUUUAUUUAUUUAUUUACUUAUUUAACUUACUCGUUACAAGAGCGUCUCAUUGAUCAGAUGUAGAUUUUUUGAGUAUUUUUAUUGAAACAUAACUGAAGCAACAAUCACACGAUAAAAAGUUGCUGAUUAGUUUCGUAUCAAAGGUUUGAUCGAGUAUCGUUGAAAUCUAAAGUGAUUUGAAGUUUGAAUCAUGUUUCUAUUGUAGUUUAAAAGUUUGUGUGUGAAGUUUUUACCCACAAUUUGUUGUAUUCUGUAUUUGUGCCGGUAGCCGUGAGACAGUUUGUAA